GUGGAUUUUGGGGCGAUUUCCCACAUGUUUCAAGGUUUCUUAUUAAUUUAACAGAUCAAAGACCAUAAUAGCAAACAUAUUACAAUAUCGAACGCUCCUCAUAGAAUUUGUCCCACAGGAUUAAGAUGUCAUCCAGCGACAGUGACUCUGAUCGAGAUGACCACACAGUCAACAAGAGCCUGGCCGAUGCUAGUGGGGACAAAUCUGCAAAAGCAGUUUCAGUUAAAUGGACAAAAGAAAACAACCGUAAACUUGUGAUGGCGAUUGGAGCAACAUGCAACAUCAAAGACUCCUUCUGCCUCCCAUUUCAACAAGUUGAACCAGAUUUUGACCAGGCAGCUGAGGACUUAGAACUGUCUGUUGAUGUUGUCAAGUCACGAUGGCAAAAUAUGUUGAAACAGGCAAGGCAGUACAGGACUAUGACAGAGAUCAUUGAAGAUUUGAUGGUCCAACACCAUGAUCAUGUUGAGCUUCAACAGUUGAACAAGGAUCUUUAUGCCAAAAAGGCGGUCCAAUUACCCGCUCCAGUUAUAAAACAACAGCCUGCCCAGAAGAAACCCAAAAUAAAUAAAGACCAUCCCCCAAAACCAAAGACAAGCGCUUACAGCAUAUUUUGUGAAGAGAUGGCGAAGAACCUUCCGGAUAUUGGCGUGCUUAAGAUGGUGAGACUCGGCGCGAUGUGGAAAGACAUGAACCCUGAGGAAAAACAGCAAUACCAGGACAAAUGCGACCAGAAUAAGGAUGAGUACCACGAUAAAGUAGCAGAGUACGCCAAAGAACAUCCAGAUGAUUCCAUCAUACAGCUCACGCUGGCGGAUCUCGAGUCGAAGAGGAAAGCUGAGAAGAGAAAGCAGUCAAAAGGGAAGUCCAAAAUUACCAGCACCAAUCAUGAUUUCCAUGGCGGCAAAGAUAAUAAUAAAUCUGGUGCUGAUGAUACAAUGAAUUCUACCAUCUCCCCAUCGAACUCACCGGCAAAAAGGACAUCAAGCGAUUCAGAGGUGCACAGUCCAAAAAAGAAGAAGAGACGGCAUGAGCAGAAUAAGUGGACGGGAGAGCGGAUGUUUAUCCAGAAUAAGUUGGAUGAUUAUCUCGUCUCGCAUCCCGAUCUGGACGAGGAGGAAGUGAAGAAAAGACUGGUGAAGAAGUACAAGAAGCUCAGCGAAAAGAAAGUGGCCAAGUAUGAGGCAUUAGCAGCAGAGCAGAAUGGCUGAUUAGCCAUGAAUGGAGCAGUGAAAAGUUCAGGUUACAAGUUUCCGAGGCAGCAGCAUUUUAAAAACAUGGACUCGCCAUUUUCAUUAAGAUUUUAUAAUAACAUCACAGACUUGUCAUUUCCAUUAGGUAUUUAUAGUGGUUGUGGAAUCAGUAUAUUUUGUUCACUUAGUGAUGGUAACAUCUAAGGCUAUCAUUUCACAUAUUCGAUUGGAGUGGAGUGUUUUUGUAACAUGGAUUUGGGCAAAAAAAAUAAUGGACAGAUCUCGUCACCAAGUAUUGAAAUCAUGGGUGAGAAGUCUGGGUCCGGCCACUCUAAAUAACAUAGUAAUGAUGAUUUGCAGCAACAACAGCAACUACCGCACUAAAAACUUGUUAGGUUCAUAUGAAUGAUAAAUGUUAACAAAUGAAACCAUUGAAACUUGAAUUAUUUUUAUACAGAUGUGUUGUAGACAUGAUGUUCAAGAGGUCAGCAUUGAUGAUUUGUUAUGAUAGGAUGGUCUAAUAUAUUAUCCGUUUCAUGCGAUCUAUAAUAUCAUCUGUUUAGGGUGAUAAAGCAUAUAAAUCGAUUCAACUUGCUAGAAGUGUUCAUUAUAUUCUAGUCCAUGAAUAAUAAUCUGUAUGUACAAUUUUAAUAAACAUGUUUUGUUAAAGUUACAGAGGUGGGGAGUUUUUCAUGCAAAAUAAAAAUAUUUGCACUUCUAAAACGGAUGAUCAGUAGCUAGUCUUGACAAUAUGUUAGCUGUCAUUUCUUUAAUUCAAAUUAUUUAAUCAGAAAUAUUUUAAAGCAUAUUGUUUUGAACUCUUAUUGAUAAAAAUAAUAAAACCCUUUUUCUCAGGGAUUAUAUUAUGCAAUUCAGGAUUUACAGUGGUUUAAAUUAAAACAAGCCCGCAAGCCCGGCACUGCUCAAAUGUCUUCCAGACUUGCACAAAUUGUUAAAAAAAAUUGAUACAAUGUAAUAGUAUUAGAAUUCAGUGAUGUAUCAUCCAAAAUUCAAAUUCCGAUGACUGAAUUAAUACUGAAAACAGGAUUUGGUUCUUGUAACUUUCAAUUGUUAGAUUUUUGCUGCUUUAAAAACAGUAUGAAACACCUUGAAUACAAUUUCAAGGAAUCGUGUCCCCUUUUCAAUGAUUUGGGCCUGAAUACUUGUACUUGAUUUAAAUGAUUAUGAUUCUUUAAGUCUAUUUAAAUGAUUAUGAUUCUUUAAGUCUAUUUUGAUCCCAGUGUUCUCUGUACUUGUUAG